AUGGAAGCUCCAACUAUACUUCACUUCCAAGCUGCAAAAAGGGUUCUUCGUUAUUUGAAAGGAACUACAGAUUUUGGUGUUCUUUAUAAAAGAGGUAAAAGCAGGGGUCUAGUUGGCUACAAUGUCAGUGAUUUUGUUGGGGACUUCGAUGACAGAAAAAGAACUUCAGGUCAAGUUUUCAUGCUUAGUUCUGGGGCAAUUUCUUGGUCUUCAAAGAAGCAGCAGGUGGUCACGUUGUCCACAACUGAAGCUGAGUUUACUGCAGCUGCUUCCUGUGCAUGUCAAGCUGUGUGGUUAAGAAGAUUACUUGAAGAAUUGGGGUAUGUUCAACAAAGUCCUACUUUGAUUCAUUGCGACAACAUCUCUACUAUCAAACUCUCAAGAAAUCCAAUGUUACAUGGAAGAAGUACGCAUAUCGAUAUCAGGUUUCAUUUUCUUCGUGAUCUCACAAAAGAAGGUGUUGUUGAAUUGAUUCAUUGCCAAAGUCAGAAUCAAAUUGCAGAUAUACUAACAAAGCCCUUGAAGCUUAAGACAUUUGAGAAGCUGCGUGGUCUCCUUGGGGUUUGUUCAAGUUAUGAUGUAAACUGA